GCUAUUAAAAUUGGAUUGCAAGCUAGAAGAUGAUGAUAGCCAAGGUAGAUCUUGUUUCGACUCUCUGCCUUGUAUGUAUAAUAAGACACAUAUAUCAACUACGCUAUCUUCUUUGCACACGGCAAUUGUACGAAACCUGUCAUAAUUCAUGAGGGUUGAAAUAAUCUGUAACACCAACAACAUACGAUAAUCCAGAAUCCAGAUACCGGCUUUCGCAGGCCAGUCACACGAUUUCCACACAUAAUCUGAAGACAAUACAGCAUCGCGACCUCCCAGUUCUGGUCACUACCGGGCGAAAUGUGCAAGGUUUCAUCUAUUGUCUUGCAAUCGGCUGGUUGUUUGCUUCUCCUAAAUGGUGAACUUGCACACAAAUGGACGAAAUGGACCUACCAACUUUGCAGUAUGUCCCAAGACGGUAGACUUUGCGGCAACGAAGAAGACCUGAACGCCCUAGGAGACGAUUACGGAUAUCGGUCGGGCUCCUGUCUCGUCUGCGAAAAUGAAUACAGAGCAAAGUCUAAUUACGAAACGGCAUUAGCUGCUGCUCAAAAUCAAUACAACUUGGUAGUUAAUGCUGCAUGGAGCAAAAAAAUUGAGGAAGAGCAAGAAGCCAGUUAUACUAUAGACACGAUUCCAUUCAUCGAAAGACAGAAGCGACUUCGCUACCACCACUAUCGCUCUCGCCGCGGCUCCUCGAGAAUCUUACACGGAUGAGCUAGUUUGUGUAUUCUCUUGUGGGUGGUUCGAUCCGACUUGAUUUGUGCAGUUUAUGUCGCAACCUUAUUUGGAAACUUAGCUGUGGUCUUUCCUUUGAAUAGGAGAUAGACAGUUACGCAUUUGGAUCAAUGACUCGUGAGUUUUGUUAUUUAAAGCAGCAUGGCGAUGCUAAAGAUAUCUGUUAGCCACAAAGACCCAACUUGUUAUCAGUCCGCGCUGUAGCUUAGUAACGAGGAAUAGUAGGAGUUUGGGCAUUCUGACUUCUUCUGAAUAUUGUAUCUGUGACUUACACCAUUUACAAUACUGGCAAGCUUUAUUAACUCUUGCGAGACUUUUGUGGGAAGCUUCGUUCUCUAGAAUAUUUCUCUUCGUUGAAGUCAGCCGCUAGAAAAACAAAAUGAAGAUAAGAGACGCAUGAGAAUACUAAAGAAAAGAUGCUUUCGGGGGUAGAGCCAGAGACUCGCUGCACCAAUUGAUUCUUUUAGAUCGUACUCGGAAUAUAGAUUCUGACUUGUCAAAAUUAUUUUGUUCAAUCC